UGAAACAGUUUGUCUCAGUUUGAACUCGCUCUGCAGAGGAGGAGCACAUCAGCCAAUGCUUUGAAGAACAGCACCACAUGACGAAGUGUCAGUUUGACUUAAAAGCAAAUUCCUUUCUUUGGAGUGGAAGUGGAUAUAAGAAAAGGAUCUCUUUGCUUCAAUGUGUGUGACAAAGGAGUCUGGUGUUUUCCAUUGUCAAACACGUACCAGAUGACCAUCCUUGUGUCAACCCUGAUUCAGAGCAAAGCUGAGGUAGUUGCAGGUAAAGUGUCUGUGUGUCCUUAUCUUCCUGAGCUUUCCUCUGACUAUGGCUGAGGUCCCUGGUCCUUGCAGACACUCCAUCACUAGGGAACAUCUGCUGACAGUCAGGCAACUGAUGGAUAACCAGUUGAGGAGUGGGUGUUCGAUAACCUACACAUUCAUAGAACAGAGAAGUUUGAGCAAAUGCUGCUUUGUGAAAGCUGCUUUACCCUGGAUCCUGGAGCUCCUCACCAUCCACUUCAAAUACACCCGGGGUUCAGUCAAUGACGGCUACGUACAAUCCCUGAGAGCACUCAUCCUCAACAUCUACUCUCAGAAAUGUGUGCCUCAAAUAAAUGAAGAGAUUGAGGACAAGCCAGAAAGUUUUGAGAUGCUCUACAGAGGGUCUCCUUCAGAUGCACUACAGAAGGUUUCAGAGGUGUUGUCCAUUUACUGGGAGCUGAUGACAACGAGGGACGCACCAGUCGACUGGAGAUGCCAAAACGAAUACACAGAAACCUUUAGCUCUGCCACAGAGCUGUCCACAGAGCCAUUCGUACAAUAUUUUACAGACAGUUAUGAUAGGAACUCAGCAAAGACGUCUCAGAGAAGACCAGUGAUAAACCUGUAUAAGCUUGGCUUCAUAGUCACAUCCAUCUGCGGAGGACUGCUGUUCAUACUUACCCUCUACUGUCUCAUCACACACAAGAAAAGUCUCAAUCCUCAUGGCUCAAGAAUACACACAAACUCAAGCAGAGAUCUGCAGGAGCUAGAGAUGGAGCCACAGUAAAGUGAGUAUCCUUUUCACCUAUUCAGUGGACGAUGGACAGUUAAACAUCUGGAGCUGGCACAGACAAAUCAUCUAAAACAGAUCCUUGCGUUAGAAAACUGUGACUGCAGUGCACAUGAAGUACAUCUUUAUAUUCUUUGUUUUUGCAGUAUUAUUCUCUCUCCUCAGCCAGUGAGGAAUUCAUCUCUGCAGCAGCAGCAGCAGAGCACUUGUGAAGCUGUACAUUUCAUCCACCAUGAACACGUUUAAUGUCAGUAUUACAUGUGUCAUGUAUCAUGCUCACCUAUUUAAUCGGAAGCUUUGCUUUGAGUGAGAACAAAUAUGGACCUUAUUUUGAAUAAUAUGUAUAUUAUGAUGCAUUAUCUAUUGCAAAUAUCUUUUCAAGUUCACUAAAAAAGGUUUAUUUUUACAGUACUUAAAUAUGUUUAAUGUAUCUCCAUUUGUUAUUGCUUAAUUGAAUGUUUGUAAUUUUGUUUGCCAAAUUUUUCCACAAGUUAUUUAUUAUGUUCACUCUAUUCAAUCUAUAGAUUGUCUAUUAUCUAUUCAAACUGAUAAUAAAAGUUAACCAACAAUACAAUAUCCAAAUUUCUAAUUCUCUCCAGCAGUCUAGCAACCAGUGCACUCAUAUGUAGACACAAUUGAAUCACAUCUAAGGGGAGGUAAUGGCCUCAAUAAAGGUUUUACGUCACUUUGUAGCCUACAUCCUGUUUGAUGAAUUAAAAUUAUUUUUUUCUGUCUUCCAAAGAGCUCUAGAAAGCAUCUGAGUUCACUUUCAGUUGAUAUUAUUGAUCAAUACAGUGUUUACUUACCAGUUUCUAAAUAUUAUGAUCAAAGAUGUGUAUAGUAUAGUAUAUUCUGUUUCAUUGCAAAACAGUACCUACACAUUAUAAAAAAUAUAAUGGUUUUUCAAACAUUCUGAACUGUUGUUUCUGGCAGAUAGUCUGUGGAAACAGUCUUAUGUCAGUCAUAAAAAACAGAACUGUUGAUACUGGCAGAGAAACAAUUCAGUGAGAUGUAUACCAGCCACUGUUGCAGCUUUGAAAGAAAUGUACUCCCAGCACAGAGCAUGACACGGUUUGGUGGGAAUAACAUAUUAUUGCUACAGUUUACCUACAUACAUGCAUGACAAUGAAUUCUUAUUGAAUGGUGGUGGAAACUAACAAGAGAAUGUCGUGAAAAAGGGCGAUUCAUGUGCAUUCCCUAAUGCCGUAGUGACUUUCACUCAUGUUUACUCAGUGACGGCCCAGCUGAAUGUUUUACAACAUGGUUCUGCCUCUGCAGAACCAUGUGUUGUAUAGCAUGACCUGUAACACAUUAAAUUUCACAGGCUACCACUUAUCAGUAUGAAAACCACUGUUGCGCUAGCAUUUUUCCAUCUUUCAUCCAUUACAAAGACGGAAAGUAUUCUCAGUUCAAUUUACUGCCUGUAGAAGAUGAAGAGUAAAGCUGUUUUCAACAAAAAAUGUCAGAACUGCCGAAGAGUAGUUGUGUGUGCGUGCGUGCGUGCGUGCAUGCGUGCGUGCGUGCGUGCGUGCGUGCGUGCGUGCGUGUGUGUGUGUGUGUGUUGUGUGUGUGUGUGUUUUUCACUUUCACUAGUUUAAAGAGAACAAAGCAUGUUUUGUUCCUAAAAAUAUAUCACCAUCAGUUAUGAGGACAAAUAACACUGGGGACUGUUUGUGUUCCACAGAUGUAAUAAUCAGUACAGAUUCCAAAAAUAAAGAAUCGCUUGACAAAAAAUUGUAUAACUCAUAACCUUCUGGAAAAAUGGAAACACACUAAGUAGUGUCAAUCCUUACAAUAGCUUGUUGUCCAAAUGUGGUAAACAAACAGUUCUCUGUGGAAUACAGUAACAUGCACGCUGGCUCAGAAAUUACACCUUGGAGAAAGAAAGUCUUAGAAGUGACUAUGAAGACAGAACACAGCGAUUCAAUCAUAGCUUUGAAUAAUUAAGAAGCUCCUUUGAAGAGGAACACAGGUUUCAUCAGUUACAAAAACACUUCGUAGUAUCUCAAAUGUUGAUUAAAAAUUAUUCACUGCAUUGAAAAACAAGUAUUAUCAAACUGUAAAUACAUUGUUAAGUAUCCUCUACUGAGAAUAUGUUAAAAGAUGAUUUUUCUAAAAAAGUAUUAAUGAGAAUCAUUGCGGCUCAGUUUGCUGUUUUAUCACCUUGUGCCACAUGGUGGAGGCAAAGAUCCAAACUGAUUCUCACACAGGUUACUGUCAGUUUUACGCAGAUGAUGCCACAAACAGAGCUAAUGUUCAUCAGCUACAACAUAUAUACAUAUAUAUAUAUUUGUGUCUAUGUGUGUGUGUGUGUGUGUGUGUGUGUGUGUGUGUUAGAGACAUUUCUCAUCGCUCUCUGUCAUCUGGUUCGUGUUAUUUCCCCUUGAAUAACAUGGGAAAUGUUUAAUUGCUACUAAUAACAGUUUAACGACACUUCUUCACAAUUAUGUUUGAAUAGAAAGUACAGUGAACAACAUAAGGAAAAUGUUGCGAUGUGUGAUGAAAAAAGCAUUUCAGAUAACAUGUUGGUGAGAGAGAUCAGGAAGCUCUACACAUCUAUAAAAGCAACCUGCCGCAAACAGUAGGCAGCUUCGGCAGGAAUGUCUUUGGCACUGAUCUGAUUGGCAUCCAACCGCAGCAUUUUCAGCUUGGAGAAGUUUGUCAUGUCAGCAGUACUGCAGAAGCUGCCCAGGGAGAACUCUAAAAGUGGAGAGGAAUAUGAAAAGAGGUUAAACUUUAUGUCGCAGACUUUCAUUGUCAUCUUGUGAGACAUAUCAAGAACCAACGUAUUCUAUUUUCAAACGUGCUUCCCAGCUAAGCAAACAGUCUCAAAACGGCCAUAUGUUCUUUCUGGAAAGUAUGUCAGUGCUAAAAAGCCAGAUGUGGGAUCUCACACUGUUAUAUUACAGUUGAAUUGACAACCAUUUAAUUACAAUGUCAUAUGAGAUCAAAUCUUGACAUUUUGUUUGAAUAAAAUCACUCAUAACAAG